GAGGUCCUAGGACUGGUGGACGUGGUUGCCCUGGAGAAUGGCGAGCUGGGGCCCCUUCUGUCUCCCGGCACCCUGCGGGAUUUGGAGGAUGAAUGUGUCACAGAUGUCAAGGCUCAGACUCGGGCAGCCCUGCUUCGCGUGCUACAGGAGGACGAGGAGCAGUGGGGGGCCACCGAGGACCAGCCCAGCAGCCUGGCCCAGGAUGUGUGUGAGCUGCUGGAAGAACACACAGAGCGUGCGCCCCGCAUCAGCCAGGAGUUCGGGGAGCGGAUGGCCCACUGCUGCCUGGGGGGGCUGGCAGAGUUCCUGCAGAGCUUCCAGCAGCGUGUGGAGAGGUUCCAUGAGAACCCAGGAGUCCGGGAGCUACCACCUGACACCUAUAUCAGCAGGACCAUCACCUUGGUCAACUGUGGUCCCCCCUUGCGGGCCCUGGCCGAGCGCCUGGCCCGGGCGGGGCCCCUCGAAAGUGAGCCAGCCCGGGAAGCAGCGGCCAGCGCUCUGGACCGUGUGACCCGGCUCUGCCACCGUGUCCUGGCAGACCUUCUGUUCCAGGAGCUGCAGCCCCACUUCAACAAGCUGAUGCGGAGGAAGUGGCUGAGCAGCUCCGAGGCCCUGGACGGCAUCGUGGGCACGCUGGGCGCCCAGGCGCUGGCGCUGCGCAGGUUGCAGGACGAGCCCUACCAGGCGCUGGUGGCGGAACUGCACCGGCGGGCUCUGGUCGAGUAUGUGCGGCCCCUGCUCCGCGGGCGACUGCGCUGUCGCUCGGCGCGGACCCGCAGCCGCGUGGCGGGGAGGCUGCGGGAGGACGCGGCGCAGCUCCAGAGGCUGUUCCGGCGGCUGGAGUCACAGGCCUCGUGGUUGGACGCCGUGGUGCCCCAUUUAGCUGAAGUCCUGCAGCUGGAAGAUACGCCCAGCAUCCAGGUGGAAGUGGGGGUGCUGGUGCGGGACUACCCAGACAUCAGGCGGAAGCACGUGGCGGCCCUCCUCGACAUCCGGGGCCUUCGCAACGCCGCUGCCCGCCACGAGAUCCUGGCCGUGGCCCGGGACCUGGAACUGUCCGAGGGGGGCGCCCUGGCAACCCCUCGGGACCGUGCCUUCUUUGCAGACAUCCCCGUGCCCCGCCCGCCUUUCUGCCUUGGCCUCCCGCUCCUCCUGGGCCGCCUCCCACUCUCCCGGCUGUCCAGGCCGGGGCUGACCUGUCUGCCCCGGCCUCGACCUACCUCUCCAGCACGACCCCGGGCCCAGCUCUGAGACUCCCUCAGCCACCCCUCCACCUCAGUGCCCCCCAUCUUUGCUGCUGACAAACCAUCCCCCUUCCUGUAGGUCCCACUCCUGACUCCCUGCCUGGUACCACAGACCCCUGGAAUGGAAAGAUCCUUUGGGAUCUUCUCACCUACCCACAAACUCAGAAGGGAAACUGAGGCCAG